GGCGGUAAGAUGGCGGAGUCCGGUGGCGGCGGCGGCGGUGGCAGCGGUGGCGUUGGCUUCGGUGCAGGCCCGGGCCCUGAGCGCCCAAGCAGAGGGGAAGAACACCGGCCUUAGGGAGCACCCCCCCCCCCUUCCCCUUUACAUUGCACAGGGCCCCUGUAGCCCAGCCCAGCCCCCUCGGACAGCCUGCCACCCUUGGCUGACCGCGUACACAAUCUGGGCUCUUUCUCCCUGGAGAGCUUAUGGGAGCAAAUCAUUUCAGUUAAGGAGAUGAAUGAUGAAGUUGCAUGGCUGAUAAGAAUGGAGCUCUCAAGUGCACCUUCUCUGCACCCUGCCAUAGCACCAGCCUCCUGCAGGGCCUGGCCACACUCCGAUCACAGGGCCAGCUCCUGGACGUUGUGCUCACAGUCAACAGGGAGACCUUCCACGCGCACAAGGUGGUCCUGGCUGCCUGCAGCGACUACUUCAGGGCCAUGUUCACAGGCGGCAUGAGGGAGGCAAACCAGGACAUCAUUGAACUGAAGGGCUUGUCAGCGCGUGGCCUGCGACACAUCAUUGACUUCGCCUACAGUGCCGAGGUGACGCUGGACCUGGACUGUGUGCAGGAUGUGCUGGGCGCGGCCGUGUUCCUGCAGAUGCUCCCCGUGGUGGAGCUGUGUGAGGAGUUCCUCAAGGCUGCCAUGAGCGUGGAGACCUGCCUGCACAUUGGUCACAUGGCCACCACCUUCAGCCUGGCCUCACUCAAAGAGUCGGUGGAUGCCUUCACCUUCCGGCAUUUCUUGCAGAUCGCAGCGGAAGACGAUUUCCUGCAGCUGCCUCUGGAGCGCCUCGUCUUCUUCCUGCAGAGCAACCGCCUGCAGAGCUGUGCCGAGAUCGACCUGUUCCGAGCCGCUGUCCGCUGGCUGCAGCAUGACCCUGCGCGGCGGCCACGUGCCAGCCAUGUGCUCUGCCAUAUCCGUUUCCCACUCAUGCACUCUUCUGACUUGGUGGACAGUGUGCAGACGCUGGACCUCAUGGUGGAGGACGUGCUGUGCCGCCAGUACCUGCUGGAGGCCUUCAACUACCAGGUGCUGCCUUUCCGGCAGCACGAGAUGCAGUCCCCGCGCACGGUUGUGCGCUCCGAUGUGCCCUCGCUGGUGGCCUUUGGGGGCACGCCCUACACUGACAGUGACCAUGCCGUCAGUAGCAAAGUAUACCAGCUGCCUGAGCCAGGAGCCUGCCACUUCCGCGAGCUCACGGAGAUGGAGGUGGCCUGCAGCCACACGUGUGUGGCCGUGCUGGACAACUUCGUGUACGUGGCCGGGGGCCAGCACCUGCAGUACCGCAGCGGUGAGGGUGCGGUGGACGCCUGCUACCGCUACGACCCUCACCUGAACCGAUGGCUGCGCCUGCAGGCCAUGCAGGAGAGCCGCAUCCAGUUCCAGCUGAACGUGCUGUGCGGCAUGGUCUAUGCCACGGGUGGCCGCAACCGGGCCGGCAGUCUGGCUUCCGUUGAGAGAUACUGCCCACGGCGCAACGAGUGGGGCUACGCCUGCUCGUUGAAGCGCCGCACCUGGGGCCACGCAGGCGCCUCGGCUGGGGGCCGCCUCUACAUCUCAGGCGGCUACGGCAUCUCGGUGGAGGACAAGAAGGCGCUGCACUGCUAUGACCCGGCAGUCGACCAGUGGGAGUUCAAGGCACCCAUGAGCGAACCCCGUGUGUUGCAUGCCAUGGUGGGUGCUGGCGGCCGCAUUUACGCCCUGGGUGGCCGCAUGGACCAUAUGGACCGCUGCUUUGACGUGCUAGCCGUAGAGUACUAUGUACCCGAAACAGACCAGUGGACCAGCGUGAGCCCCAUGAGGGCCGGCCAGUCGGAGGCUGGCUGCUGCCUGCUGGACAGAAAAAUUUAUGUUGUUGGGGGCUAUAACUGGCGCCUCAACAACGUGACAGGCAUCGUGCAGGUAUACAACACCGAGACAGACGAGUGGGAGCGCGACCUGCACUUUCCCGAGUCUUUUGCAGGCAUUGCUUGUGCCCCGGUCCUGCUGCCCCGGGCUGGAAGCAGGAGGUAGCUCCCGGGAUGCCCCCCCCCCCCCCCCACACACACAUCCAUGACCUGGCUGCAUGCUGUUCUUGCCAGGGGUUUGGCGAGCACGUGUCCCAUAGAGAACCUUGGGCCCCCUCCCCGUGGGCUGGCUGUAUAGUCCCGUUGUGUUGAUAAGACUCCUUCCUAGGGUCCUCCCUUCCCAAAGCAGAUCUUGGCUCUCUGCCUGCCCAGGGAGCCUCCCAGUGAAGAGGCCGAUGUGUUGUGGCAGAAAACUUGAGCCUGAGGCAGUUUCCUCGUCUGCACAGGGUCCUCACUCAUGGGUUGGAAUAGUGGGUCUCUUUGGGGUAUUGUUAUGCCCCACUUCUCCCAUCCCUCAGCCCAGCAGUCUCAGAUGUUCAAAUGCGGGCUCAUUAAUGUCAGUCCAAAUCCAUACUAUGCCACUCUCCCCAUCCCAAGUUUCUUGCCCAAGUUUCUUGUGCAUGUGUACUUUGCUUGUUUUUGUUAAUCCUCACCCAAGGAUAUUUUUUCCAUUGAUUUUUAGAGAGUGGGAAGGAGGGAAGAGAGAGAGAGGGAGAAACAUUGUUGUGA